AUGUUGUUGGCAAAAGCUUGGCUACAAAUUUCAGAAGAUAGCAUUACUGGAAGUCAACAACGUGAUAAAGAGUUCUGGAGACGAAUUACUGCAUACUAUGAAAAAAGCAACACGUCGAACGUUGCAAGAACUCAAGCCAACCUCAAAACGCAUUGGCAUUACAUGAACCCAUUUGCAGUUGCAUUUAAUCAAAUGUAUAUAGUGUUGAAAAGUCAACACCUCAGUGGAUGGUCUGAGGAUGAUCUCAAACGUGCAACUUUUGAGCAUUAUCAUGCGAGAUAUGGUGCCGAUUUUAGGCACGAACAUAUUUGGAAUAUCGUUAAAAAUGAACAAAAAUGGAAAGUUACAACUCGUCCAAUUGGUAGGAAUGCAGCAAAAAAAGCAGCAAAAGGGAAAGCUACCAAUUCCACUUCGUCAUCUGGUAAUAGGUUUGAUGAAAUACUUGAAAAACAUAUAGAAAAAAAUAAAAAGACUUUUGAACGCUAUCAAAACUCCUUGGAUAUGAAGAAUGCAUUGAAAGAAAGAAAGAUGAAGAUUAAAGAAGAAAAGGUAAAGAAUGAUGAAAUUUCAAUCAUUUUCAUGGAUCCCAGUACCAUGUCGGAAGAUGGACGUGAAAUUUGGAGAAAUCGUUGUGACGAGAUUAAGAUAAAAUACAAUAUGAAGUAA